CAGUACAGCGUGGGACUGUACUGCACGCUGGCGAGCUCUGCGCUGUAGCUCUGUGGUUUUCCCGCAGUUAGUCCGGCUGGAAGGGACAGUGAAGAGUAGGUGACUUGGAUUUGGAGGCCGUGUGCUAGGCGAGUUUUAGUCUUAAACGUUUCAAAGCUUGGAAGUUACCACGUAAAAUAACAGUAUUGCUCUGAUGAUGUUUGCUGGUUUGGAUUUAAAAACGGUGGUUGCUUUCUCUGAAAUUGAGAAAACUGGAUUUUCUGAAGCCCUGAACUCUCUUCUGACUCAGGCGUCUGUCUCCCCCUGACACUUCAGAGGCUCUCAACCAAACAGAAUUAAGGCUAUUUUGCACUAGGAGAGGGGUAAUUAUGUUUUGUGCAAUGUCUUGGUUCUGUUACAUUGUAGUCUUUGAGUGUCAUUUCCACCUUCUAUGAUGGUCAUUAGCAAGAGCACAUCAUUAAAUCAGACUGUGAAGCUGUUUACCAAUUCCUGCCCACUGAAUGUCAUAUCUACCACUUGAGGUUUUCAGUGUAUCAUUUUGUCAAAAUUUGCAUAGAGCACCUUUAAUUUAAUGUUAGGAAAACAUUUGAAUUAAUGCAGAUCUGCUUAAUUAGUAACAAAGGGAGAUGGCAUGUGGUAGGAAUAACAUGUACAAUCAUCGAACACUGGAAAGGCUGCAGGCCUCAGUGUGUGGGAUAGGACUCUACUGCUUCAUCAGGUUUUGUUUUCUUCAUUUUUAUUGCAUUAAGACUGAAAUUUUUGUAUCUAAAACCACAUGGCACAAUAUACCGUGAGUGCAUCUCUCUUUGCAUGCAAAUAAUAAAUCCUUAUUACCACAUCAAGCAGUUGUAAGUAAAAGAAUACAUAGAAUAGACUGCAUACAUACAUGCACUAAAAAACACAAACCAGAUAAAAAAAUCAGUUAUGACUACAGUUAAUAGCCUUAUAUUUGUCAUCUGGGGUCAGAUUCUGUGUCAUGUACUUGCACAAACAGCUUAGGCCCUGCACUGAAUAGUCUUUUAUGCUCAUGGGCCUGUCUGCUUCCUGAAGUGGUGUCAGCUGAUUGGUACUGUACUUUAUAUUGGCAUUGAAUGGAAGGAAGGCAGCAUUCUGACUUCAGGAAGAGAGACUUGAGUGCAAAUGUCAACAUAAUUUUGGCAUAGAAUCAUAGGCCUUGACUGGGAGGAACCUUAAUGACCAUCUCUUUCCAACCCCUUGCCAUGUGCAGGGACACCUUCUGCUAGAUCAGGUUGCUCAGAGCCUCGUCCAGCCUGGCCUUGGACACUCCCAGGGAUGGAGCAUCCUCAGCUUCUCUGGGCAGUCUGUUCCACUGUCUCACUACUCUCACAGUCAAAAAUUGUUUUCUGAUAUCUAAUCUACCCCUACCCUCUUUCAGUUUGAAGCCAUUCCCUCUUGUCCUGUCAUUAUGUGCUCUUGUCCCUCUGUUUUAUUAGCUGUCAUUAGAUAAUUACUAGCUCUAUUUCACUACUUGUACAUAUUAAGGCUCAGCAUAAACUUUGAAACUUUCUGAAUGAUUAUCUACUACAGUGACAAAUAUUCAGUGCUCCUAAAAUUGCCUAUUUUGUUAUGCUCUUCAGGAAUGUAACAGUAGUGCCUCUGUGAAGAUCUGGAUUUGAAAGGACUGCUUAAGGGGAGGCAUUUGUACCGUAGUCAGCUUUGUAAACAGAAAUCUCCCCUGCCUCUUCCUGCAGACAUCUUUAUGGGAAGCAGCAUUUGUGGAUAAAUUGCAACUGAGGCAAAAUUACUACAGAAAACAGUUUUGCUCACUGCUGAUGUAUAAUGAAUGUAUGAUGCAUACUGGAAAAGGUUAGGGACCUAGUAGCAUCAUAGAGUGAGUUAUGCAGAUCCACAGGCAACUGCAGUAAGAUUACCUGGAAAAGUGUAAAGCCUGACUGUUUUCUGAUGAUUUGAUUAGACAGUCACCUGUAUAACUCUUGGGUGGGAUAUCUGACUUCUCUCCUAAAGCUAUUACUCCAGCACAUGUUGAAAAAGAGUAUCAAGGGUCAAGAUAAGUAACUAAUUUGGCUUCAGCAUUCUGCUGCAGCGCUGAGGUUCUGUUAAGUGAGAGUUCCUUUCCCCCGCCCCCCCAAGUAGUCUAUAACUUUGCCAAAUUAAGAAUUAGUGGAAGGAAGCUAGAAGCCACAUAGUGUUCAGAAGGGAACAAUUAUUGUAGUAUGAAAGAUAGUAAUGUCACAUGAUUAACAACUAGAUUCCUUUUCUAAAGCACAAAAUCAUGUUGUCUUUUAAACGUGGUUCAUUUGCUUGUAAGAAGUAUUUCUAUUUAAAUGUUCUCUUCAAAAGAACAAGUGUUCAAAAUCGCAAGGAACUUUUUUUCUGAAAAACCAGUCAAUUACCAGUUAAAUUCACAGUCUGAAUUUUUGCAUUUAUAGGAUACUGUUUUCAGCUGCUUUUUUAAGUCCUACCUAGGUUUGUCACUUGACAAAAGGUAUAUAUAUUGUACCAUGAAAGUAAAACUAAAGAGAAAAUAUUACUGUGUACAGAAAUGGCAUCGGGUGCCACAAAAAUAGUUUUUUCCGUUAUAAAUACGCUUUAUAAUUGCUACUCAGAUGCCUCAGUAGUAAGUGCAUACUGUUACUGUGCCCUUAACAUGUGUCUUUUUUUAGGUGCUAUUGUAUACUGAAAUACAUUUCCACGCUCCUGUUUUCCUGUGUUUUCCAAUGGCACAAACUUCCUAGUUUGUCAAAUCAGUGACUAGGAAUGUGCUGUGCUUUGGGAUCAGCUUUUCCUGUCAGUUAUGCAAGCAGAAUUAUGCAAAAGCAGUAUUUUCUUCCGAGCUCCAACUUGAUGGGAGCACGACUGGCUGGAUCCCAUGGUGAUACACAGGAGUCUAAGACUAAUCCUUUGGUAUCUCUUUCAGAUGAGCCAGAAACACUGUACAAGAGAUUGUCCAUUUUAGUUAAAGGCCACGAUAAAGCUGUGCUGGACAGCUAUGAAUAUUUUGCAGUGCUUGCAGCUAAAGAACUUGGUAUCUCUGUUGAAAAAGUAGAUAAACCCCCAAAGACGAUAGAACGAUUUACACUUCUCAAAUCUGUACACAUUUACAAGAAGCACAGAGUUCAGUAUGAAAUGAGAACACAUUACAUGUGUUUAGAGCUAAAAUACCUAACAAGCAGUACUGCUGCAGUUUACUUGGAGUACGUGCAACGAAACUUACCUGAAGGGGUUGCCAUGGAAGUGAAAAAGACUAAGAUAGAGAAAAUACCAGAACACAUUCAGAAACCUGUUUGGGAUACACUACCUCAAGUAGAAGAAACUGAAGUAAAGUCAUGAACACACCAAGUACUUGGCUCCAUUAGUACUGAAAUUCAUUGCGCCUAUCAACCUCAUUGACUGAGACAGUCCAUUGUUAAAUAAAGGUUCUCUUAUAAAAA